UUGGCCAUCACUCUUACCCAAUGCAUUAUUGAUACUUUGUCCCUUAAUAUGCCCUCUAAAAUACUCUGCACUUCCAAUAGAUUUUGAAGGUCACAAUUCAGAGCAGAAAUCUGAAAUUGAUUUUACAGAUUGACCAAAACUCACAUGCUCAUUCAGUCUGACUGAGAAAAACAGUGGCUUCAAAAUGGGAAGAGAAUCUCCUUCAUCUUGUGAUUCUUAUCCAGUAAAUGCUCAUGAAGGAACUUCCAACUAUGAUGAAACCAUUAUGGAGCACAGCAUACACUUCACUGAUAGUUUGAAGGAAUUGAAGUGUUUGAGGAUGCAAUUAUACUCAGCAGCGGAGCAUUUUGAGUUGUCUUUUGGAGAAGUACAGAAACAGCGUUUAGUGGUGGAAAGCUUGAAGGAUUAUUUGAGCAAAGCAGUGAUUAGCACAGUGGAUCACUUAGGGUGUGUGGCAUCUAAACUGGACACUUUUUUGGAUGAAAAGGUGGAUGAGUUUUCUUCUACAACACUUCGACUCUCCUGCAUUGAACAGAAAUCAAGAUCAUACCAAGAAUUCAUUGACCGGAGUGGACUUAUGCAAAACUCCUUGGCUGUCAUAGCACCAAAGUAUCAGAAACAUUAUUAUAUCAACCACGGGUAUUUUUAUUGUUUAAUAAGAGGCACAUUGUGUGGGUCAGGAAAGUCAAAUGAGAAAAACAGUUCAGAGAAAGCCUCAGUGUACUUAGAAGAUGAUAUGCACCGAAGUCAUUACAAGCGAGCUUUUAUAGGACCAAGUACAGCAAAGGGACGUCCUCCCAUACAUAGGAAAAGAAAUCCCAAGCCAUCAUCAAUAGAAGCCUCACCAAAUCCAAAUCCUCAGGCAUUUUCUUUUAUGAGGAAUGCACCUACCAAGGAAGUUGAGAAGCGGUCACAUUCUCCACUUCGCUUUAUGAUUAAGCGAUCGGGAUCAUAUGCCAAUAGAUCGGAUUCUCCCACUCCUUACAAUCAACAACGGUGCCCAUCAGCGCCUAGGAGAAUGGUUCAUGCAAAUACAAAUCAAGCGAGGCACGAUCCACAAGAUUUGGAACUCCAAUCUAAAAAGGCUAAACAUAUGCUGAAAGCGUUGCUUAACAUCCAUAAGUCAAAAAAAGGAGUAGCAUCCAGUUACCAGGAUAAGAGGUGAAAAAAGGAAUCAAGAUUCUUCAUUUCAGCAUGGAUUAUUUUGUGUAUAUUUUAGCCAGCCCAUGUGUUGUUCUUCAAGAUAACCCUUCUCAUUUGGAACACCACAAGAUGCAGUGAUAUAUAUAGAUAUUAAAAGUUCUUAUUGUGACAAGACCUUUUAUCGUGAGAAAUUAUAAUCUCUACUUUCCAUUUUUCUAAUCAAU